GAUAAUAACGUGGACACAACACAAUCGAUUUUCUGGUCAUUUCUUCUCUCUUCGCUGCCUCUAAAAUGUUAUGGCAAAAAUUCAUUCUCACUGCAGGAUCUGAUUCUCAAAAUCGAGUAUUUUAUGAACAACUAUCUAGGAUUCCAACUCAAAAUUAUUCUGAAUCUAUAGAAGUUGUAACGGAUGAAUCCCCGGGAAUUCGAAUUGGUUCAGGUGGAGCUACGUUUAAUAUUAUUCGAAAGUUAUUAGAAACUGAGACAUAUGAAAAAUUGGAAAAAUCUAAGGUUCUACUAUUACAUUCGGGUGGUCUUUCUCAACGAAUGCCUCAUCUCUCAGCAUAUGGAAAAGCUUUUGGAACACUGCCAAAUUGCAAAAGUAUUUUAGAAACUAAAUUAGAAAUUUAUAAAAAUGAUCUUCUUGAAAAGUUACCUUCAACUGGCGGAAUAAUGAUUACGGCUUCUGACGUUAUUGAAAAUAUGGAAAAUGCGGAGAAAGUGAAAUCUAACGUUGAUAUUAUCGUAUUUGCACAUAAAUCUUCUUUAGAAGUUGGAACACAGCAUGGAGUUUUUGUAAUGGAUAAGAAAACCAGAAAAUUAAAGAGAGUUCUUCAAAAACCGACAAUUGAGGAAAUGAGAAAAGAUGGUGCUAUUAUGGAAGAUGAAAUGGUUUUAACUGAUAGUUGUUAUUUUAUGACGUGGAAGUUCUGUAAGAAAUUUAUGGAAAAUCCUCUUUUACGAUCACCAAUAACAGAAGAACUUUGCUGUUAUGGAGAUUUUAUGAGACCAAUGGGAUUUGAUCCGAAAUUGGAUUAUAUUGAAGCAUCCGGAUCUGAACAGCUGAAAUCUUACCGAAAAGCACUUGCCGACAUUUUUAGUACAGCUAAUGUUGAAAUAUCUGUGCUGGGAGAGAAUUCAUUUUUCCAUUUUGGCACUUAUCAGGAAUACAUUGAGCAUCUUCUUCCGAACUCGAUCUAUCGAAAUUCUUUUCCCGGUGCUUUCAAAUCAAAUAUCGUGUUUUCGAAUGGAAUUUCUAAAUUACCAGAGCAAAGCUUCGUAGAAUUUUCUACGGGUUCUCUUGAAGUUGGCAAGAACUCAAUUGUUAGUGGAAUCGACGCUGGAAACUCUGAAAUAAUCAUUCCAAGCAACACAGUAGUGUUUACAUUGGCUUUAAAAACGAAAACGUUCGUAACCAUUAUAAUCAAGAUUGACGAAGAUAUUAAAAAAGUGUGUGACAGAGUGAAAUGGAAUGGGCAUGAUACAGAAAUUAGUGAUAAGUCGAUAUGGGAUGCCCCGUUGUUUGGAACUUUUGAAACUCGGGAGAAGUCAUUGAAAACGGCACUUUUUGAAUGGGAGAAUGGAAUAAAGCGUAAGAAUGAAGAACGAGUAUCAAUCUCCGAGGCAGUUAUGAUGCAUGAUUUUGAAGCAGAUUUGGAGCGAAGAAGAUGGCUUACUCAUCUAUAAAUUAUUGAUAUUAAUUAAUAUUAUAAAUAUACGAUUACCAGUC